CCGCUGCCCCGCCUGGCACGCCAGGCCUCCUUCGACAGCCAGGACUUCCUCCAGGUCAAUGUUGAGGACACUGUCGAGAUGCUGCCCAAGUCGCGGCGCGCGCUGACCAUCCAGGAGAUCGCUGCCCUGGCCCGCUCCUCACUGCACGGCAUCUCGCAGGUGGUGAAGGAGCACGUGACGAAGCCGACGGCCAUGGCGCAGGGCCGCGUCGCCCACCUCAUCGAGUGGAAGGGCUGGUGCAAGCCGGUGGAGCCACCCAGCGCCCUGGAGAGCGCCUUCAGCUCCUACUGCCACCUGAGCGAGGGCGAGCAGGAGGCGCGCUUCGCCGCUGGUGUGGCAGAACAGUUUGCCAUCGCUGAGGCCAAACUGCGAGCCUGGUCCUCGGUGGACGGGGACGACUCCAACGAUGAGUCCUAUGAUGAGGACUUCAUGCCCUCCACGGAGAGCUCCCAGCCCACCGGUAAGUUCCACGGGGACGCGUUGCUGCGAGACCUGCUGCAGGGCCACCUCUGCCAGUUGGGCGUGCGGCACGGCUCCUGCGAGCCCGAGAGCGACUCCUCGCACACCCUUUCCCCCGAGACCCUCUGCUCCAGCCUCUGCAGCCUGGAGAUGGUGUCCCCCUCCGAACUCACUGCCAAACUGCUGGGCUCCCUGGGGAGCGAGGACCUGCUGCUGCCCAAGCUGCCCCCCCCGGCCAGCCAAAGUGCCUUGCGGAGCCUGGCACGGCUCCGGUGCCAGGACUCCCUCUACUCCAUGUCCUACGCCGAAGCCUGCCUCUCGCCCGCCGAGGACGAGGUGGUGCUGAGCAAGGACUUCCCGCUCCGCCGGAAAGUCUCCGACGUCGCAUCCUCUGGGGUGGCAUCACUGGAGGAGGAGGAGGAGGAGGAGGAGGAGGAGGUGGCUGAAGAGCCCUGA